AUGCGGCUGCGGCUGGCGGCGGGCGGCCCCGCCGCGCUGAAGGUGCUGGCGGCCGCGCAGGCCGCCGCCGCCCCGGUGCGGCUCUCCUGGGGCGGCCCCGCAGAGCAGCCGCUCUCCCCGCUGUGCCCCCCGUGGGUGCCCACCCUGGAGCUGGACAGUGGCACCGUCCUCUUCUCCCCCAACGCCAUCUGCCAGUACUUCUUCCUGGCGAGCGGAGAGGAGCCGACCGACCUCACGAACCAGUGGCUUGAAUGGGAAGCCACCGAGCUGCAGCCUGCUGUCUUGGCGGCCUUGUACGCCCAGCUGGUGCAAGAGAAAAAGGGAGUGGAGGCGGUGGCGGCCCUGGGGAAGUCGCUGACCUACAUCGACCAUAGCCUGUCCAGGAAAGGCACUGCCUACCUCGCUGGGGAUGCCAAGUCUGUUGCUGACGUGGUUGUGUGGGGCGCCCUGUUCCCUGUCCUGCAGGAUGACUCCAGGCUGCCAGAUGAGCUCAAGGCGCUGAGGACGUGGUUCCAGAGCAUGAGCCUCUCGGAGGCCUGCAGGAAAGCUGCCGACUCGGUGCUGGUGCCCAAGGGGCUGCUGGAGUUCAAGUCCUACCUACAGAAACAGCCUCCACCCUGCCUGGCCAUGGAGAGACCCACCAGUAACGAGCCCGAGGAGGAAGAAGCUUCUGAGCGUGCCCUGACAGAGGAAGAAAUCACAGCCGCUGCGGACGCCUGGGCCCGCGGCGCUGCGGCACUGCCCAAGCCUUGGCAGCCUCAGAAACCUGUGCUGCCCGUGGAGGGCAUGAGGAACAUCCUGAUCACCAGUGCCCUGCCCUACGUGAACAACGUGCCCCACCUCGGCAACAUCAUCGGCUGCGUCCUCAGUGCCGACGUGUUUGCCAGGUACUGCCGCCUGCGCAACUGGAACACGCUGUACGUGUGCGGCACGGAUGAGUACGGCACGGCCACGGAGACCAAGGCGAUGGAAGAGGGGCUGACGCCCCAGGAGAUCUGCGACAAGUACAACGCCAUCCACACUGACAUCUACCGCUGGUUCAACAUCUCCUUCGACUACUUUGGCCGCACCACCACGCCGCAGCAGACCACGAUUGCCCAGGACAUUUUCCAGCGCCUGCUGGCACGUGGUUUCCUGGUGCAGGACACUAUGGAGCAGCUGCGGUGUGAGGGGUGCCAGCGGUUCCUGGCCGACCGCUUUGUGGAGGGCAUCUGCCCUUACUGCAGCUAUGAGGAGGCCCGGGGGGACCAGUGUGACAAAUGCGGCAAACUCAUCAAUGCCGUGGAGCUAAAGAGGCCACAGUGCAAGCUCUGCAGGGGUAUCCCCGUGGUGAGACCCACGCAGCACCUCUUCCUGGACCUGCCCAAGCUGGAGGAGCGGCUGGAGCUGUGGCUGGAGCAGUCCUGGACCAAGGGGGACUGGACUCCCAACGCUCGCUACAUCACCCGCUCCUGGAUUCGAGACGGGCUGAAGCCCCGCUGUAUCACCCGCGACCUCAAGUGGGGCACGCCUGUGCCCCUGGAUGGCUUCCGUGACAAGGUGUUUUACGUAUGGUUCGACGCUCCCAUCGGCUACUUGUCCAUCACGGCCAACUACACUGACCAGUGGGAGCGGUGGUGGAAGAACCCGCAGCAGGUUGAGCUGUACAACUUCAUGGCCAAGGACAACGUCCCGUUCCACAGCGUUGUCUUCCCCUGCUCGCUCCUGGGGGCUGAUGACAACUACACCCUGGUGAACCACCUCAUCGCCACAGAGUACUUGAACUAUGAGGAUGGGAAGUUCUCCAAGAGCCGGGGUGUGGGGGUGUUUGGGGACAUGGCCAAGGACACGGGCAUCCCUGCGGACAUCUGGCGCUUCUACCUGCUGUACCUGCGGCCCGAGGGGCAGGACAGCGCCUUCUCCUGGAGCGACCUCAUGCUCAAGAACAACUCGGAGCUGCUGAACAACCUGGGCAACUUCAUCAACAGAGCCGGGAUGUUCGUGUGCAAGUUCUUUGGCGGCACAGUCCCCGCCAUGGUCCUGACGCCGGACGACAAGCGCCUCUUGGCCCGCGUCACCCUGGAGCUGCGCCAGUACCACCAGCUGCUGGAGAAAGUCCGCAUCCGCGACGCCCUCCGAUGCAUCCUCAGCAUCUCCCGCCACGGCAAUCAGUACAUCCAGGUGAACGAGCCCUGGAAGCGGAUCAAGGGAGAUGAAGAGGACAGGCGGCGCGCGGGCACGGUGACGGGCGUGGCGGUGAACAUGGCCUCCCUGCUGGCCGUCAUGGCGCAGCCCUACAUGCCCGGCGUCAGCGCGGCCAUCCAGGCGCAGCUCUGCAUCCCGCCUGACUGCUUCGUCCUGGGUCACGACUUCACCUGCACCCUGCCUGCUGGGCACCGCGUGGGCACGGUGAGCCCCCUUUUCCAGAAGCUGGAGCAUGACCAGGUUGAAGCCCUGCGCAAGCGCUUUGGGGGAGGGCAGCCUGAAGACCUCACUCUAGUGCCCCAGGCCAAACUGAUCCCCCCUACCUCAGGGUCCCAUCCAGCUCCAGCCUUAGGGACUCCCCUAGCUCCAAGUGACCCCCAGCUGAUCCAGGAGCUGGUGGAGCAGGUGGCCAAGCAGGGCAACCACGUGCGGCAGCUGAAGGCCAGCAAGGCGGAGAAGGUGCUGGUGGACACAGAGGUGGCCAAACUGCUGGAGCUGAAGAAGCAGCUGGCACUGGCUGAAGGCAAGAGCCCCGAAGUCCCUGUGCCCAAGGGGAAGCGGAAGAAGUAGCCUCAGCCCCCAGGUUCUGCGGGCCAGGGCUGGCCAGAGACCAGACUGAGGCGUGCUGGGGGUUACACACGUGUAAUAAUAAAAUACAAGAACUGUACAA